GGCGAGCGGGGGAGGAGGGGUGCGGGGCAGGUAAAAUGCUGGCCCAGGGUUCCGGACACGCGGCUGUCGUGGGCCAAGGUCCAGCCUAGGCUGAGGCCACCGUGGGACGGGAAAGCUCGCUCGGUCUUCCUAAGAACUGAACGGGGAAGGGAGGCCCGACCUGUCGCGCGUGGGACCCGGCCUCCAGUCCCCGGGGAGCCGAGCGACCUUUUCAGCUACCGACCUCCAGGCGCUCGGGACACCGGGCGGAGGUUCUGCCGUCAUAACCCAGGGGCAGCCCCCUCUCACACCCGGGACUCCUACGUUAAUCCUCCACCCCCACCGUCGUAAGGGUGGUUGCACGGGUUGAGUCGACUGAAAACUUAAGGACCAGUCACGGUUAUCUUUCUAAGUCCCGAAAUUACUCUUUCAGGACUGGACGAGCGAAAGUGUGACGGACUUCCCUUCCAAACAGCCUUGGGAUCUCGGGAGGUUGAGGGGAGCACGACACUCCUCCCUUUCCAGGGCCCCUCGCUCUCCCACCCCUAGUAGCCCCAGCCCUCCCCUACCAGAUGGUCUGUCCUCUCUGAGUUUCCACCAGGGAGGUCCUUCGAGUCGGAGGCUGGCCGAAUUCUGGCUCCCCCUAAGAUUGCCAUACCCCAAAGACCAUUUGUGUAUGCGAGUCCUUUUUAAAUGUCUCUCGGUAGAAAAGCUGAAAGUAGAAAGAAAGGGAGCAAUUUCCGAGCAGAUGUCUGACCACCCCUACUCGCGUACUCCCAGCAUCGGGUUACAGGGUCCUGAAGCCCCAACCGCAGUCCUCUGCCCCACAAGGGUGAACCCCGGGCGCCCCGGAGUCGGGGAGGGCAGCGAGAACAACGGUAUAGGUAUAAAUAUUGAGCUGUGACAUUGACGCGCCCGGCGCCUCCCCUCCCCCGCGCUCCAGCACACUCUGGGCUGCUCGGCACGCCCCCUCCCGUCCCGCGCGGCGCUCAUCCCCGAGGGGCCCUGCAACCUCUCCUCGCGAAGACUGCACGAGCCCUGCUGGGCAAAAAAAAGUGCGGAGAUUGUGGGCAGACCAAGCGGUCGCUGCGGAGGGGGAAGAGGAGGGAUCGGCACUCUCCAGCGGCGGCGGCGCGCGACUCGGCUAGGCGGAGUUUCGCGGCGGCUGCGCCCGUCUUUGGCUCGCGGGCAAGGAGGGCGCCCUGUCCAGCCCGGCGACAGCGAGUCCGACUCCGGGCGUCCCCCAGGCGUCCAGACAGCAAGCGCACACUCAGGACCCUCUGUGCUGCACCGGCAGCGUCCAGCCAGCAUGGAGAAGGACAGCCUGAGCCGUGCGGACCAGCAGUAUGAGUGCGUGGCGGAGAUUGGCGAGGGCGCCUAUGGGAAGGUGUUCAAGGCCCGCGACCUGAAGAACGGCGGCCGCUUCGUGGCUCUGAAGCGCGUGCGGGUGCAGACCGGAGAGGAGGGCAUGCCGCUCUCCACCAUCCGCGAGGUGGCGGUGCUGAGGCACCUGGAGACCUUUGAGCACCCCAACGUGGUCAGGUUGUUUGAUGUGUGCACUGUGUCACGAACAGACAGAGAAACCAAACUUACACUAGUGUUUGAGCACGUUGAUCAAGACUUGACCACCUACUUGGAUAAAGUUCCAGAGCCUGGAGUGCCCACAGAAACCAUAAAGGAUAUGAUGUUUCAGCUUCUCCGAGGUCUGGACUUUCUUCAUUCUCACAGAGUAGUGCAUCGUGACCUAAAGCCACAGAAUAUCCUGGUGACCAGCAGUGGACAAAUCAAACUGGCUGACUUUGGCCUUGCCCGUAUCUAUAGUUUUCAAAUGGCCCUGACGUCAGUGAUCCCUUCGCUGUUACAGGUUGUUACACUGUGGUACCGAGCCCCAGAAGUCUUGCUCCAGUCCAGCUACGCCACGCCCGUGGAUCUCUGGAGUGUCGGCUGCAUAUUUGCAGAGAUGUUUCGCAGAAAGCCUCUUUUUCGUGGAAGUUCAGAUGUGGAUCAACUAGGAAAAAUCUUGGACGUGAUUGGACUCCCAGGAGAAGAAGACUGGCCCAAGGAUGUUGCUCUUCCCAGACAGGCUUUCCAAUCCAAAUCUGCCCAACCCAUCGAGAAAUUCGUGACAGAUAUUGACGAACUAGGCAAAGACCUACUUCUGAAAUGCUUGACGUUUAAUCCAGCGAAGAGAAUAUCCGCCUAUGGCGCCCUGAAUCACCCGUACUUCCAAGACCUGGAGAGGUACAAGGACAACCUGCACUCCCACCUGUCACCCAGCCAGACCACCUCAGAGCUGAACACAGCCUGAGGAUCGUGGGGGAUACCAUGAGCUGGUCAUCUAAACAUGUCGGUGGCUGACGAGUCCCCUGAGAAAGCCUUGCAGAGCAGUUGAAGAUGGCUGGCUGCGGGCCUUCCAGAUGCCAGCUUCUGGAUGGGCUCUGCUUCACCAAGGAGACCACCUAGUUUACUGUUCCAAAAUCAAUGCAAGAGCGAUUGCCGCUUUAUGUUCGUUCACCUGUUUGUUGUCUGUCUGUCUGAAGAACCUGGAAAACUUCCAGAUGAAGAGAAGCUGCUGACCCAUCGUGCUGCCGUUUCCUUUUCUAACCUUGAGUGCUGCCCACUGUGGGAUGGUAGUCUAGGUCCGGCUGAGUCAUGACAUCAUCUCUGCAGCUGCUGGGCCUGCUUUGGUACGAGAGAGAGAGAGAGAGAGAGAGAGAGAGAGAGAGAGAGAGAGAGAGAGNGAGAGAGAGAGAGAGAGAGAGAGAGAGAGAGAGAGAGAGAGAGAGACUGAGAGAGAGAGAGAGACUGAGAGAGAGAGAGAGACUGAGAGAGAGAGAGGUUCCUGAUCUUGUAAAGUGUUAACUUUUUGUAGACAACAAGAAUAAUUGAAUUUUAGAGACUAAGGUGAGGGCUUAGUACAAUGAAGGUGAUUGAGCAGUGUGUUUCUCUCCAGUUAGAAAGGUGAGCCUAUGUCCUCAGCAUUUCCUUUCUGUCCAAAAGCUUUUGCUAGCUGCAAACGAUAAAGUUUUGGACACCACAUAAACAAGAAAGUAAAAGGGAGGGGAAACCCGGUAUCUCUAAAGAGACUUUUUCUAAGCAUGCAUUCUUCUGUUUGCUCUUUGGAAAGCUGAAUGUAUUUGUCCUAAGUCCUGUGUAUAGCACAGUACCUAAUUCUUCUCUGGGGAAAGGCCCUAUACGCAUUUUAUUACUUGCAAUAGAUUUAGGGACUGUUCUUCAAAUAGGUUUUAAAGAUAAAGAAAGCCUAUAUUUCCUGGUUUGAAAUGUUAUUUCCUUUGCAUUUCUUGUUAUUUAGUUUUUUGUUUUAGAGAGUUGCUCCUUUCUCUGAUUUGGAGAUGGUUCUGACUAGAGACAGGAAUGCCAUGAGGUUCUCUCCACCUUACCUUCCACCCCAUACUUUCUGCCGUGCAUUUGCCUCGUUCUGAUUUGUCUGUACAGUGCCCACCUUCUCCAUCGCCAGCACGUCUAACACAUGUUCCUACCAUGCCUAGCUGAGGACGGAUUGCCUAGCUGCCCGCUACACCACACCUCUGCCUGCCCACUGUCUUUCACUGAAUGCUUUGCUACCAGCCUUGUUUGCGGCUCAUGGCCCCAAUUCUGCAAUCCUAAUAGGUUCCUCCUACAUCUUCUUAGUGUGGUCUUCCCACCUGCUGUCACUGGGGUCACUUGUUCAGUGUGUCACCACCAUGUAGAUUGCUUUUCAUUUUUAUAGAGUGGAUUGUGGAUGAAAUGUCUGAGGGGAUGGGUGUCUCUCCCCCUUUUAGAGAAACUGUUUACUUUCUCUCCAUCCCCUGGAUGUGCUGUUUUCUGGUGCCUUGUGCUUUCUGUAGAGCCAGCCUGGCCGGGGCUUCAUAAACAACUUUCCCUUACUGUCCGCUGUCCGUCCUCUAUGUUCCGUGCCACUUUUGCCUUAUCCACAGGUUUAGUGCACUGGUAAUUAGAAAGCACAGAAAGCAGCUUUGGGGAAAUUUAGCUGUCUUUUAAUCAUGUUUGGAGUGCAUGUAAGUAGAAACUAGAUCAUGUUUCAGCAUACUUGGACAGAAUGACCGAUGUCAGAUUCAGAUGGUGUAUUCUGAAGCCUUACUGAGUUUUUUUGCAGCUGAAUAAUGCUUGUGAUUAUCUUGGAUAGAGGUGAGUUAGGUGCCCUUCCUAUGAGCUUUGGGGGCUGGGAGUCAGUCUUUUCCCUUUUUAAUACAUGUAUUACAUUCUUCUGAUUCACUUUCUUUAGAAACAAGUUUUUUUUUUCAAAAGCAAGAUUUAAAAAAAAAAAACUAGGCUGUGUGAAUGUCCUGCGUAUCAUCAUUAUAGCCCUGGGAUGUGUCGUGAGUGCCGUCAAAGCUCGAGACAGGCUCGGAGCAGCCAGCAGGUCUACCCUAAGUCUCACCAGAGCAGUGGGUUCUGCUUUGCCUUGAGCAAGGCUCAAAAUGUAGGCUUUUGCUGGGGCCUAGAAAUUGAAUAUAAAACUCACUUCACCAUGGCCUACUCCAUUUUGGAUUAGCAUCCAUGUGAUAAAGUGAAAACAAUUUUGAGGGUUUUGCUUUUGGAAAAAAAAUAGUGUCUCCCCCAAAUUGCUUUAUUUGAGGAAAAUACAGCUGUCUUAAACUGGAAUCUUUUAGUAUUCUGCAGAAUUUUUAAGGUAUAGUAUUCAACUUCAUUAUUGUCAUCUGUUUGGGGCUUAUUUCUAAGUAGGUUUUGGAGGGAUUGUUGUUUUCGGGGGGGGGGUUGAUUUUGUUUUGUUUUGUUUGUUUUUUGAAGCGGGGCUUUUCUGUGUAACAGUCCUGGCUGUCCUGGAACUAGCUCUUCUAAACCAGCCUGCCCUCAAACUCGCAGAGAUCCUCCUGCCUCUGCCUCCUGAGUGCUGGCACUAAAGGUGUGUGCCACCACCGACCUGCUUUAAGUAGUAUUUUAAGUCACAAAUAUUUUGGUAUUAGAAACUUGGCAUAUUGUGCCAGAAUGAUCCAGAAAGGACAUCCCUGCCUCUCUGGACCUCAUCUCUGCCCCAGCUCUUCAUUCGUGCAGUUCUCUGGGUGUCGGGAACCUUGCCAUCCCGGCCCUUAGUAGUACAUGGAAGCAUAAGGUGGAAUAAAGGCUCAGUGAGCAGGGCUCACCCUGGGGCCUAUGGAUUCAACACCUUUGUCACUAACGAAGACCUUCUGCCCCAGGGUUCUGCUGAAACAGCUCUUAGUGGUCAGAAACAGGUUUGAAAUUACUGUAGAAAUAGUGGAAGAAUGUGCCUAACCACUUCUCUUCAGGGUUUGGUCCUGGGCCCUGGCAUUGCAAGACUGUCUGGAGUUGUAACAUCCUCUUCAGAAACAAGAGGGGAGAUUUUCCAAGUAGUCCCCAUGAGCUCCCAAGCUAUCUUGUGAGGAGUCCUGACCGCCCCGCCACCCUGAGACACACAGUCUGUGAGCACCCAGUGGGCUGCAGCAUCCCACUUUGUCCCUCUUUGAAGAAGAUGGGCACUCAAGCAGCGGAGAAACUGUCCCCUGCUUCUCACGAUUUCCUCUCAGAACACCCCCUGAAUAGUAGAUUUGAAUUUAGUCUCAGGUGAUUUACUUCAAAUAGCCCAGAAGUCCUCACUUAAAAACCGAAUUUCCACGUGGUCAUUUUUAGUGAAAAAAAAAAUCUAGGAUACCUUCUGGGUGUUGCCAUGAACUACUUCUCUUUGAAUAGAAAGGUGUGCAGAUGGCUCCGCAAUGGAAUGCUGGUCAGCUAGUGUGAGAAAGUCAAUAGGACCAAACACUUUGAGCUUUAACGUAUGUCCUGAAACUGUUUUCUAAAGACUUUUAUUUGUGUGUGUGUGCCACUGUGAGUAUGCCAAGCAUGUUGCCGGUGCCCUGGAGUCCAGGAGAGAGUGUCGGAUCCCCUGGAGUUGGAAUCUCGCUGACAUGGGUGCUGGGAACUGAACUCUGGUCUUCAGCAAAGUCAGGAAAGAGCAGGACUCGAUUUUAAGCUCUGCAGCUCCUGUGCAGUUAUUUUUUAAGGGACCAUAGCUGCUUCUAUUAAGAGCUAUGCCUACUAAAGGCAGUUACAGCCAUUCUCAUUAAGGGAGUUAAAUCAUGUAAAUGUUUGAGAACCACACUUUUGUUGCACAGCUGAGUUGAGCAGAUAGCACUAAGUCCCUGUAAUAGUGAGCACAUAUUGAUAGCCUACAGAAGAACGCACACUUUACAUUGUAGCAUGAAAAUGAAGAUACUAUAUGACUUCUGAAUCUUUAAAAAGUAUGGAAUAGUGGGAACCAACACAGCAUAUUCAAAGGGUAUUUCCAAAUUUACAGACUUUUUGAAUAAUACACUUUUGCCUUUAAGUAUAUUCUAAAAAAAUUUUUUUAGGUCAUCCAGCACUUACAGACUUGGUAUGUCAACAAAACACAUUCUGUGGAGACACACAGAAUGGUUGGUGUUCCUUCCUCGUUUUAUAGGAAGAAAGCAGCCACCUGAAGCUAUACUCAAAAUAUAUAUACAUGCCUGAGAACAGGCACUAUAAAAAAUGAAAAUUUGAAUGGCAUUUACCUCCUCUUCAAGUGAGAAUAGACAACUUAAAAGCCUUAUUCAAAAAUCCUCCUUUGUUUCGGGGGUAAGUCUUCUUGUAGAAGCCGGGCAGACGUGCUGCCUACAGCCUCCUGCCUCUUCCAAGCACUGGAUUGCACAUCUCAGUCAUAUCCAGUUUGGUCUGGCUUUUUGUUUUGUUGUUUUUUAAGGACAUAAGCCAAAGCUAUUCUUUUGCCCUACUGUUUUCUGAAAGAGAGGGGUUUAAAAUUUUUUGUUUGUUUGUUUUGUUUUGUUUUGUUUUUAUUCAAGACAAGAUUUGUGUAGCGCUGGCUGUCCUGGAACUAUAUUUGUAGUUCCAGGCCUUUAACUCACAGAGGUUCACCUGCCUUUGUCUCUCUUAGGCUGAGAUUAAAGGCAUGUGCUGCCACCCAUAUUCAGUUUUUAACUGUUUCUCUCAGUUUGCUUUUUUGAAUUUUUCUAAUGAAGUACUGAAUUGCCUUCUCCAGAUAUUUUCCCCAGGAUUUUCAACAAGGUAAAUCUAACUCGCUGCUAGAAUAUCUAUGCCUCUGUGACACCCGAGAAAACAGCCACCUGAGAAUAAAUUGCUUUUGCUCAAAAGUUUAGAAAUACGGUUACAACAAUUCAAAAUGAAAAUGGCAAGGAUGAAAGGUAAUUUAGAGUUGGUUUGGUUUGGGGGCAGAAGUCUAUUAAAAUUCACGGUCCCCUAAGAUUUAAGUGGGGUUUGUUGUUGCUGUGCCUGAUGACCUUCCACAAGGUGGCAGUCUCAGAAAAAUCUGACCAAGGCUAAAGAGAUGCUCUAAAAAUAUUACUGCAGACUGUUUCCCCCACAUCUUUAACUGUCAUCUCGCAUGUUUCUUCGGGUAACUAACAUCUUCAUAAUAUUCCACAGCUUACACAUCUGCUUGUUAGCUAGCUUCUGAGUAACUAACAUCUUCAUAAUAUUCCACAGCUUACACGUCUGCUUGUUAGCUAGUUUCUGAGUAACCAAAUUAUGCUUGAGGAUGAUAUUUUUAAGAGAUGAAGGAUGCCUUUACGGUUACUUAGGGGACCCCAGUUGCCUGUAGUUCUAGGGUGUCCAGCUGCUUCACAGAUGAAGCCAACCCCCAUCUGUAAAGAGGCUAGCUUUGUUAGGGCUCCAGUCAGGACGCCACCCCUUCACCCUCCAUGGCCCUUUGACAGUGAUUCACUUCUAAACCCAAGUGAACGAGAUAAGUGCAUCAGUGUUUGAGCCCACACGACUUUCCCUAGAGAACUGCAAUGCUGAACCAGCUCUAAAGGUAGCAGAAGAACUGCUAGUUUCACACUCUGGUAUGAACCGUAAUUAUAAAGCCCUAAAUUCUGUGUUUGUAUAUAUGUGAACAUAGCAACUCAGGAAGACUUUGGCUUUUCCACUAUCAAUGUAUUAUACUACAUUUUGAAUUCACAUUUCUGCUCAAAGACCCAUCCAUCCCCCUUGAACCAAUCAUGACUCCGUGCAGAGGGUGUGAACAGAUAGGGUAUUGUGGUUUCUCUGGCACACCAGGACCAAAAGCAGUUUAUUCCUUCUGAGUGUUACACACACACACCACCUGUUUGACGUCACUCCAGAGUGGCAGACAGGCAAGCCUCAGUUCUUUACACUGAAUCAAAGUGCUAGGCCGAGCAGGCACUGCCCAGGCCCUAAGAAAAGUUUGGCUCUCUCCACCUGUCUGCGUUCUGCAGUCAUUCUGACGCUCCUGAACCUGGAGCCCACAAGGCAGAGUGACGAAGCAGCCGAGCCAGACCCUGAAGAUGUUAUAUGGGGGAGGAGCAGUGCUCCGCUGCCUUCUGUUGUGCCAUCUUAGGAAGCAAGGUGCCCUAGGAACAUAUGGCUGGCCUCUGGGCAUCAGUAAUGACAACCGAGUUUACUCGCUAGCUCAGGAGUAAAGAUGCCCAGGAUGCUGCACUGCAAGCCCUGGACCAGGCGCCUCACACUCAGAGUUUGUCUUUUUGGCUUAUUGGUUUUGGAUAUAUAAUUACAGAGGAAAUGUUUAUUUUUCUGUUUUCUCUCUUGCUACACACAUGGUGGCAAAAAGUUAUUUCUGGAAAUAAUUUCAUUUUGAAAAAUUGCUUUCUACUUCAUUUGGCAAAAGUGUACAGGUCUUUAGUUCCCCAUUUCUUCUCUCUCUCUUCUUCAGUGUGCAGAUUAUCUCUCGAACAGAAAGAGGGUUACCUCUGUAGAGGAAGCUUUUGUGUGAAGUGUUGAGUCACACAAGUAAUUCCUUUAGACUGUCAGCUGGGGGGGUCUUUUUUGCUUUGUUUUCGGGGGACACAUAGCCACACCUACAUCUAGCCCGGAUUGAACACAGUUCUGUAACUCCUAACUCAGGUAGGGUUUAGUGACAUUCUGUUGAUGAGCUAAGGCUAAGGGGCCCUCUACCCAUACUUGAUGUUUUUAGUCUUCAGGUCUAUAAAAUGCAGCAAUAUGUAUUAGCAAUAUUUCUGUGGUCACCAGCAUGUCUGAGUUUGACCUUAAGUCUCUGAAUAAUUAGAUUGUUUCUUGACACCCCACCCCUGCCAAAUCAUGUAUCUUUUCACUCUGGUCCUGUUUGUAGCAGUAUAUUCAUGUGUAUUUCAGCUCUUGUCCUCAUUAUUUUCCUAUGAACAGUAAUAGAUGUAUUAGUACACAGAAUUAAUAGUGUACUAGGAACAGCACUUAGCAGAUGGGGAAUUUUUUUAUCAAGUUCCACAUUUACAUAAGUUAUUUCUAUUAUUAUUCAUGCAUAUUAUUUAUUUCUAAACCACACCAGUCCUGUGAAAGCACAAGUAACGGCAGAUACUAAUGCUCAUUAUCAUGGUCUUGAUGGAGUGAAGGAAACAAAGUUACAGUGAUACCCCGGAUAAGCUGCAUGAGUUUAGCAUGAUUAAAAUUUCAGUUGGUUAGGGGUAGUACUUUUGGUGUCUAGGCGUCUUAUGUUAAAAGAGGCAAAGCCACAGACUUGUAGCUGUUGCUUCUGGCAGAUGUGUGUGUUUAGUGUAGUGUAGGAAUAAUUACGGGAAGUAGUAAGGUAGAGAAGCAUGUAGGGACUGUCAGGUGGCCAGCAAAGUGGAUGCCAUGCAUCUGGGUGCUGCUUCCUGACUGGUUCUACGAAACAAAGCCUCUCUAAGCAAUCCUGUGCCCUUGUAGGUGUCCUGUGGAGCAGUGAGGACAGGUGGUACUGUGGAGAAGGGAGCAGUGGGCGGGGGGGGGGGGGGUCUGUAGAACCAGAAUGCCAGUUUAUGGCAGGCGACUUUGCUGUAUAUGGGAGCAGUCCACCUUAGGGUCGCAUGUUAUCUGGGAUCUUAACAACCAGACAUCCCCAACAACUCAAAAGCCUGUUGUGUUUCUGCUGUUUCUGGUCUUAGCUGAAGGUUACUGGGCAAGUGUUUGCUAAAGAAGAGCAGUGUGUGUUAGGGCACAGUGCCGCGUCCCAGAGUGCUUGUUAGCAACAGGGACUGUUACAGGGUUGUCCUCUUUUAAAUGUAGAGGGUGUGUUCUCUUUGUAUUCCCAUACAGACUAGUUAAAACUUGCUUCUAGGGUUUAGCCAAGCCAUUGUACACCACAAGCUGCUUUUUGUUUGACUUAGAAUAGAAAUGUUUAAAGGUAAAAAGAAAACUCCAUUUGGACAUCGGGCUCAUUGUUUUCUGGACUGAAUUGUAGAAGUCCCACACAUUAGAUGCUAAUCUAGGCUGUGGAAGCCAGCCCCAGACGUCCAGGGCCCCCACACUGUACAUCCAACCCCUGAAUCUUAUCCUCCCUUCCUGGAGGUGCUCAUACCACCACCCUGACUUGUCCCUUUGAUGCUCCCCGCCUCCUUGGCUGAGUUCUGGGCAUCAAGCACGUGAUGGGUGAUACUUUGAGCACCAAGUAUGCUUGCCUAGGCCUGGCUACCACCACCCCCACUUUGCCUUUGGUUGGCCAUAGUCAUCAAGAGAUAAUACCUGAUGCCAGGCACAGACUGUACUCAUGAUGUCAGUCAUAAAUGCCCCCUAGUGUUUUUCUGUGCAUCCUGAUCUUUAAAUCCAGUCAUGAUGCAGAGUGUUCAUUGUUGGCUGUGGUCCCAGGUGAAAAACAUUCCAGGCUGCUCGACGCUGUCCAACUGUCGGCUCUGCUCAUAAUGUGUUUCAUCAGACUUGAAACUCAUUCUACUGUUUUGAUUUCACGGUGCAGACAUCAGGGUGCACAUUCUCUCAAGGUGCAUAACUAUUCUCAUUCUGUUUGCGCAUAUCGCUAUAGAAUGCUCUGUUUUGGUGCUUUGGGUUCAGCAGGUCAAAGAAGCAGUAUCACUACCUAGGACACAAUCUUGGAGGCACUGGGCAGGAGUCUUGGUGUUGAUGUUGCCUCUGCUCUUUGUGCCCACUAGAUGAGGUUAGCAGGGGCCUUUCUUUGAGUGGUCUGUGAAAUGCGGUGUACACUCAAGGGUGAGUGUGGCACAUCCUCUCUGGCUGCCCUGCCUAUCCACGUUACUAGUCCUCAGGAAAAUGACCCUAGGGUAUAUAGAUAGCAAACAGAUGGAUGGGCCAAUAGACCUAUGUCACUCUAAUGACAUGCACCCCCUCCACAUGAAACCCUCCCGAGGAGAAGCAUGAAGGACAUCUCUGAAAGUAGUGGUCAGUUUAUCCAAGCCCUUCGCACUUAGAAGAGUGGGAAAGUGGGAUGUGUGCUGUGUCUGUGCCAUCCAAAGACCACAACCUCUGUGGAAUCUCCCAUCUCUACAAGUCUCUUUCUGAGAACAGCGUGGUACGGACGGGGUGGGAGUUUCCAGGCGAAGUAGCGCUGCAGCCCUCACUCUGUUGAUGGGAGAGGAAAUGGGCAGGAAAUCGAGGGUUACAGAUCAUUACUCCUUUGGAAACUGGAUUUCUUACUGGGUGCUAGACUGCAAAUUUGGUAUUUAUUGUCAGGUAACUGAAUUCAUUGCUUUUCAAAACCGUUGUUCAAAUGCCACUGUCCAUUGGAAUCACCUGUGUGCCCGCUGAAUUGGUUGACGCCAAACCAGAAACUGGUUUGUACAUUUGUCACACCUUUUGUAUUUCUUAAAAUAAAAACGGUAGUUCCACACUCCUUCCUUAGAGGUGCAUUGCUA